CCCCAGGUCUUUGAUUUAAAAAAAUAAAAAAAAGGGGGAAAAAGCGAUUGGCUGACGAGGGCCCCACGUCAAUACGCAGUUUGGGAGCGCAUAGCUUGGCUAGAGCAGUUAGCAACCAGAUAGAUACACAGUCGGCGCGCCAUCAAACCUUACAUCUGUGGUUGAAGCGAACCAAGGGGAAACAGCUGUAUGCAGGCUAUGUUAGCGACCUGAAACGGCAACAUCUGACUGUGGACACGUAGGAAAGAGUCUUUACCUACAUACAUUGCGUUGUCAUUUUCUGUCUGCUGUUUUGUGGAUAACAAAAGCGAAUUCGAUUCGAACGGAGUCAUUGGAACAGACGAGUGAACGAGAAUUGAACCGCAGUGGAUGUCUUGCUCUUUCUGUGUUCACAUCGUAAUACAACUGUAGCUGAGUAAUCGCAUGGAGAUGGAGUAAAAUUGAGGUCAUCUGGAAUUGAAUUGCGGCUGAGAGAUGGAGAAUUUGUUUUGUCCGUUCUGAUCUAAUAGGAGGGAGAGAAGAACUGCUGGAUACAUCGGGGAUACAACCCCGAUAUGAACGUGGCUUUCUCGCUCUGCUUGAGGUAGCUGCUAAAGCCAAUGAAAGACAGCGGUCUUGAGAACGCAUACGGUCGCUUUGGAAUGUAGAUAUACGCGUUUAUUCUUGCACAUUUAAAUAAAACGAAUGUGAUAUAAUACUAGUAACUAGGACUAUCGUUGCAUAUUGUUUUGUUGUUGAAUUACUCUUCCAAGUAUCAACCAACCGAUCUUCUACGGGAGAAUGGCCAUAAUACGAAAGUGAAUCUGCCCCUUGCUUUGGAGGCAGUGGAGUUAAUGGUGUGAGUGAGAUUUCUCCCUCCCCCACCAUCACUACAGCGACACGCUAGAGGCUGUCCACUGUCCAGGCCCAAGCAGUCAGCCUGAGCCUGCUAGUACAGACUAUCUGGCCUCCUCUUCUUGUGGUCCCUUAUGCUCAAUGAAGGCUAUCUCUGGGUCGCUACAGGAUGGAUGGUGUGGAUUUGACGGUCCUUGUGUGUCAUCAUCAGCGCUUGCUCCUCUGUGACUGUUUCCUGUUCUUUUCCAUUUAUAAAAGAACGCCCCCUCUUCUGGGCCCAACCACCCCUGAGCGCUGUAAAAGUUAUAGUAACUGUUGUUGCUAAGUGACACUUACAGAGGAGGUUAAGUUAACUCUCCCCCCCAUCCAAACUCCACAGAGGGUUUUCUCCAGAGGUUUUAUUUUAUAUACCCAUAUUAUAUAUUUCCCCUCUCAGGAGUUUGUUUGGAAGACGCACAGGUGUUCGGUUCUUCACAACAAAAGUUUUGGUUUAUUGUUGGUUGAGGUUUACAGUUACUUUUUCUCUAGUUUUUUUUUCUUCCUUGUAAUUUAUUUAUACCUCAUAUUUUGGAGUUUUUUUUCUCAUUGCUCACUCACACCCCCUGGAAUAAAAAAAUACCAAGAUGUCGGAAACAGACAAGUUCCUUGCCCCUUUCCCUCCCCCGCCCAAGAAUGUGAAUGGUUCCAGCUCGGACACGUACCUUGGUGAGAAUUUGGGGACCGACGGUGUCCGCCGACGCCGCCACACCAUGGACCGCGACCCCAAACAGGCCGAACAUCGCUUCUUCCGGCGUAGCGUCAUCUGUGACUCGAACGCCACCGCCUUAGACCUCCCCAGCAAGGCCGUCAUCCUCACCUCCCCGCCCGACUGCGAACCCCCCAGUCUGGGCUGGCUCUCCCUGGCUGUCCCCUCUGUGGUGGUACCCGAGCCGUGCCUGGCGGUGGCCGAGGUGGAAGCAGAUGAGGAAGGAGGGGAUGGGCCUUGUAGUGCGGUAUUAGGGCCCAGUGUUGGUGGCGGUACUAGAGUGGAUGGUACGGUAGUGCAGAUGAAGCCAUGCACGGCAGUAUUGGAUGUUUGCGGUGGAGAGAAAGGAAAGAAGCUGUUGUCGUUAGCCGCCGCAGAGGCUCCUGGAAUGGAGGAGGUGGCGCCCAGUAAAGCAGGGGAGCCCGCGGAGGAGGAGAGCGGUAGUGUUACAGAGGAGCUGCGAGAGGAGAAGGAGAAGGGGGCGGCUAAGGCCCUAUUAGAGGAGCAGAAGAGGGAAGCAGAGAAAAAGGUUCAGGACGACAUAGAGGAAGUAGAGACCAAGGCCAUAGGGACCUCGCUGGAUGGACGCUUCCUGAAGUUUGACAUCGAGAUCGGACGCGGAUCCUUCAAGACGGUCUACAAGGGCCUGGAUACGGAGACUACAGUGGAGGUGGCGUGGUGCGAACUGCAGGAUCGUAAGCUGUCUAAGACGGAGCGUCAGAGGUUCAAGGAGGAGGCUGAGAUGUUGAAGGGUCUGCAGCACCAUAACAUUGUACGCUUCUACGACUCCUGGGAGUCUCCCUCCAAAGGAAAGAACUCCAAGUGCAUCGUGCUGGUCACAGAGCUUAUGACAUCAGGCACCCUCAAAACGUAUCUGAAGCGGUUCAAGGUGAUGAAGAUCAAGGUUCUACGUAGCUGGUGUCGUCAGAUCCUAAAGGGGCUCCACUUCCUCCACACCCGGGCCCCUCCCAUCAUUCACAGGGACCUGAAGUGUGACAACAUCUUCAUCACCGGCCCCACUGGCUCCGUCAAGAUAGGAGACCUGGGAUUGGCUACGCUCAAACGGGCCUCCUUCGCCAAGAGUGUCAUAGGUACCCCAGAGUUCAUGGCCCCUGAGAUGUAUGAGGAGAAGUACGACGAGUCAGUGGAUGUGUAUGCCUUUGGGAUGUGCAUGCUGGAGAUGGCCACCUCAGAGUACCCCUACUCCGAGUGCCAGAACGCUGCACAGAUCUACCGCCGAGUCACCAGCGGAGUCAAGCCGGCCAGCUUUGACAAGGUAGCCAUACCAGAAGUGAAAGAAAUCAUCGAGGGAUGCAUCCGCCAGAACAAAGAUGAGAGAUAUGUCAUUAAGAUCCUGCUGAGCCAUGCGUUCUUCCAGGAGGAGACUGGUGUGCGUGUGGAGCUAGCCGAGGAGGACGAUGGGGAGAUGAUCGCUAUCAAACUGUGGCUGAGGAUAGAAGACGUCAAGAAGCUGAAGGGAAAGUACAAGGACAACGAAGCCAUUGAGUUCUCCUUCGACCUCAACAAGGACUUCCCAGAAGAUGUGGCACAGGAAAUGGUCGAGUCUGGCUAUGUGUGCGAGGGAGACCACAAGACGAUGGCCAAGGCCAUCAAAGACCGAGUGUCUCUGAUCCAAAAGAAGAGAGAACAGAGGCAACUGGUCAGAGAGGAGUUGGAGAAGAGGAAUCAGAAGCAGCAGUAUCCCCUACAGGCAGCAGAGGCCCUCAGAUCCCCUCAGCAGAGUCAGUUACCCCCCCAGCCCCCUAUAGCCCAGACUGAGAAGGAGGACCCAGAGAUGGACCAGCAGCAGUACCAACAGGCCAACAUCUCCAUGACAUCUGACGGAGCGGUGGACAACGGCCAGGGUUCGUCCGUGUUCUCUGAGUCCCAUCUGGGCCAGCUGACCAUGUCCUAUAGCAACAUCCCUGCCACCCAGCAGCAGGCCCCCUCCCCCUCCCCUUCCCCCCAGCUGCAGCAACAACAGCAGCAGCUCAAUGCCUACCAACAGCAGAACAUGCCGCAGUCUGUGACUCACCAGUACAGCAGUGGAGGAGGAGUCUGGGCCUCAGCAGGCCUUCCGGACCCCACGCCGCCUCUCUUUCUCCCCUCCAUUCUGGAGCGCCCCAUCUCCUUCUCACCGCCGCCUGCCUGCCCUCCCUCCAAGGCCUACAACGCCCAACGCCGCAAGAGCACGUCCAUCUUGGAGGCCCAUACGCGCCACUUCCAGCCUGCCUACCCCCGCUACGCCAGCAGCCUGCACCCCUACCACCCGGGGAUGGAGGGGCUGGGCGUGGGUGGAGGAGGAGGAGUGGAUGGGCACCUGGGUGUGGAUCCCUCGUCCCUCUUCAUGGUGCCUGGCUACGGUGCUCCGAGGCUGGGGUCAGUUGGAGAGCCCAUGCACCAGCACCUCCAAGGUCAGUCCCUCCAGGACCCUCUGUACGGGUACAAGGACGUGAGGGCGGAGCAGCAGGAGGAGGUGGUGGAGGCUGUGCGGAGGCUGAGUCUGAACCAGGCAGCGUUGCUGGAUCACUUCGAGGCCAUGGCCUAUGGGGGCUACCCCAUGACGGCUCACCAGAUCAACCAGAUCAGCUUCCACCAGCAGAUGCAGGCUGCGGCAGCCGCCAGCCUGGCCGUGUACGACCCUCCACAGCCGGCCUACGCCCAGACCUACCACCCACACAUGCAGAGUCACAUGCGCCUGACCCACAGCCCCAUCCCUCAGCUGCCACCCAUGAGCACCUUGGGCCCGCAGGCCUCGGGUACUACCGAUGGGUACCAGCUGCAGCACUCCGCCUCCUUCCCCCAGUCCGCUCCCCCAGUCAUGGAGCCCCCGCAAGGCAGCGUGUUCGAGUUCCACGUCCAAAACAUGGCUACUGCAGCAGCCGCCGCUGGGGCCGACUCUGGCGUGCUGGCCUCUAGACUGUACCGGGCUCGCCGCGGCUCCAUGGACCUCAACUUGGAGGAACAGGGGGGCCCAGGAGGACAGUCAGGGGGGUCUGGGACCUACAGCCGCCUGCAGCCAGUCACUGAGGAACUGUACAGCUACAUCAGCCCUGAGAUGCCUCUCCCUCCCGGGAGCCUGCUACUGCACCAGGGCCAGAAGGACUGCAGCCCGGAACCUUCCAGUGACUCCAUGGCCUCCUCUGACUGUGGAGAGUUCCACUCUCCUCCGCCCCAGUUCGGGGCCUCCUCGGCCGCCCAGUCCAUCCCACACACCUUCUACGGGGCAGAGGCCGGGGGGAGGGACGCCACUGCAGAGGGCCAGGGAGUGGGCCACCCCCCCAGCCAGCAGACCUUUCUGUUUGUGCCUCCCUCCGAGUCCCCAGGGCGUCAGUCCUCUCACGUCAACAUACUACACACCACCUGGGCCCGACAGACGAACGUCCAACCCGACCUCUCGUAUCACGAGUUUCCUCUGGCCAUGCAGGGAAACCCUGGGCUGCAGGUGCAGCAGAUCCCAACCUCCCAGUCCAACACUGGACACCCUCCUGCCCCCAACUCCCAGCCAGUCCCCAUCGCCCACCAACAGACCCCCCUGCAGGCCUCUCUCCCCCCCACCUCCCAGCCCAUGGUCUCUCAGCCCCAGCAGCAGCAGGCAGGCAGCACCGUGGUACAGAGCCCCUCUCAGACCCAGCUACCCCCUGGACCACAGCCCACACAGCCUUGCAGUAUGGCUCCACCUCCCUCCUCAGUGGGACUUGUCUCUGUGGCACAGAUGGCCUUCAAUCAGCCCUCGGUCCCGGUUACUGCAGCUGCAGCCCAAGGGGCGGCGUCACCCCCUGGGGGAGCCCUGGUGACCCCACAGAGCCCUAUAGCAGCUGCAGCCUUACCUCUGCCUCCUGGGGCUCAUCCUCUACCUGGUUCUGUAUCUGCACCCACUCUGGUGACUCAUCCACCGCCGGUGCCACCGGCCUCCCCUAUGCCGCCCCAAAUGAUGCCUACUCAGCCUCUGGUCGUUGUGGUGCCCGUCAUCAGCGUAGCCAGCACCUCCCCAGAGCCGCCAGGAGAUGCCCAGCCCCAGCCCUCCCAGACGGCUCCUCAGCCUUUGUCAUUGGACCAGUCACAGUUACAACCUCCACAAGUGCCCUCGUCCAUGGAGAGCGGUCACUCUGACGUGGCGUCCGGCCUGAGCGAUGGAAAUGAUGGAGGCAGACAGGAGGGGCGCUCCAUCAAGCGACACCAGCGGCGCUCUGUACGGAGUCGUUCUCGUACCGACAAGAUUGGCAAAGCAAAGUUGAAUGUACUAAAUAUAUCCAACAUGGGCGACAGGGUAGCUGAGUGCCAGUUGGAAACGCACAACAGAAAGAUGGUGACUUUUAAGUUUGAUCUGGACGGAGAUAACCCAGAGGAAAUAGCACAGAUUAUGGUCACCAGUCUGUUUAUACUGGAGAGCGAGAGGGAGUCGUUCAUCGAGCAGGUCCGUGAGGUCAUCGAGAUGGCUGACGAGAAGGGUCUGGAGAAAGAUGGAAACACCCAGAUUGUUUCCCAGAUAGUUAGUGACCUCCAGCAGCAACAGAUCCCUGCUAUAUCUGAACCGUUGCCAGGUAUCCCUUCCUGUGCAGCCCAGGUGGUCCACUCUGCAGGCAGGAGGUUUAUAGUCAGCCCCGUGCCUGAGUCCAGACUCAAGGACCAGUUCUUUGCUGACUCAGCGGCUGCAGGCUCUGCCCUGCUGAGACAAGAUUCACAGUACUUUCACGCCGCCCGUGCUGUAGCUGCAGGUCAGGGUCUGUCCCAGUCGGCCUCCGCGGUCAGCCUGCAGCAGGCCUUCUCAGAGAUGAGACAGAACCAGGGCCAGUACGACCCAGGGCCCAGCACCGCUCCUCCCUCCAUCCACAUAGCCUCCCUGCCUGUCCUGGUCCCUGCUGCAGCCACCACCACCACCAUCCCAGUCUUCUCCACUGCUCCUAUAGCCUCUGCUCCUCUCCCCCAUGCUCAGGUUCCAUCUGAGGCCUCUGUGACCUCCCCUCCCCCAGUCUCCAUCUCCCCUCCAGCCUCCACCUCCACCUCUCCACCUGCGCCCAUCCACCAGGCCACCACCCCCAUCCCCACCCAGCUCCAGUCUGUUGAUACCCAGCCUCUCCUUUCCCAGGCCCCUCUCACCCUGCCGGUGACCCAACCCGUGGUCUCCUCCGUACCUAGUGUUACAGCCCCAAUCCCUGCCCCAGCCACCUCUGUGUCCCCCCCAGUCCCUGCUGUCCUCCCCACCCUCCCCAACACAACUACCCUGUCCACCUCAGCCUCCUUCCCCCAGACCUCUGGCUCCAUCCCUGGUGGUCCCACCACCUCCAUACCCACUACAGUCCUUUGUCAUUCUGCCACGGCCCCCCUGGUCAGCAGCUGUAGCAGUGAUAGUGGAGGAAGCUCAGAGCAGCUCCCUGUCCCUUCCACUGCUGUCCCCCAGCUCACCACUACCGUAGUCCCCACCACGGCUAUCCAAGGCCCCCUGCUAGCUCCCUCCAUUGCUAACCCCAGUGCAGAGCUCCCUUCUUCCUCCUCGCCUGUAGCCUCUCUAGCCCCAGGGGCCACGGUCCCUACCUUACAGCCAGUCACCACCACCAUCCCCGUGGUCCAGCCCACCCUGGUGCACACCCAGCCCCAGCCUGCUACAAUGCCCAACCAGACCCAUGCCCAGUGUGGAGAGUGUGAGGUGGCCCUGGGCAUCGAUGACAUCCACGCCCUGGAUAAGAAGCUUCGCUCCCUCUUCAUGGACCUGGGUGGCGGUGGAACCACCCAAGCCGAUGGCUCUGUCGACCCAGCUGGAGGCACUGGUGUCCCGGGAACCUCUUCCCCAACCGGCCACUCAUCCACCCCCAGCUCCACAGGCACCCCCUGCCCCCUCCAGCCUCCCCUGGCCUCCUCAGGACCAGGGCAUGUCUCUGGGACCCCCCUCACCACCCCGGGACAGGCUGGGACCCCUUCCACCUACACCCAGACUACCCCGGCCAAAGCACCUCUGUCGAGGUUACCGAUUUUUAUGACACCUCUGUGUAAGGUGUUGCCUGUGGGAUCAGAUCAGGCUCAGGCUGGCCCCCCUCCUCCCUCAGACCACAUGGCACCCUUCCCAGGACCCUGUCUAACUCAGUCCCAGCAGCCUCUGGAAGACCUGGAUGCCCAGCUGAGGAGGGCCCUGAGCCCAGAGACGGUCUCUGUCAGCUGUGUCACCACACAGUCCUCCCUCACUGGGAUGCCUGCAGGUGGCCAGCCAGUGCCUUUCUCUCUGGAAGGGGAACCAAUCAUGUCGCCUAUUGCUGGAGGAUUCCAAAUGGGACGAUUCCAGGUCUCUGUGGCUGCAGACCAGCGUCCCCACAAAAUCGAGGGAGGGAGCCCCACAAAAUCCUCCUCCACCUCCUCUUCCUCCUCCUCUUUCUCCAGCCCAGAGAACACACUGCACAAUGUCUCCUCCCCUCUCCACGGAGGUAAGACUGGUGGGGGAGAUGUUGUGGACGGCCUGCCCUCCCUCCCCCACCGGACCUCCUCCCCUCAGCCCACCACCAUUGGCCGCUUCCAGGUCACCACCAACGCACCGGAUGCCAGGGUGGGCCGCUUCUCAGUGAGCCGAGCCCAGGAUGAGGCAGCCGAGGCUGGGUUGGAGCAAACACCCGCUUCCCAGGCUAACGGGCCUAGUAUUGAUCCUGGCUCGGCCACCAUGCUCCUCAGCCCAGAGGACAAACAGAGCUCACUGCCCAGCCUCAACAACUCCUACAUGAGCUCUGAUAACGACUCUGAGUUUGAGGACGAGGACUUGAAGAGGGAGGUCAACCGGUUACGGGAAAAGCACAUGAAGGAGAUCCAGGCCCUGCACACCAAGCAGAAGGAUGAGAUUGACUCCCUGUUCGCCAGGCUGGGCAAGGUGCCUCCAGCCGUGGUGGUCCCUCCAGCUGUAGCCCUGGCCGGUCGCAGGAGACGACCCACCAAAAGCAAGAGCAGCAAGUCCAGCCGCUGCAGCUCCUCCCAGGGCAGCAAGAGCCCUCUGCAACCAGGCAGCACUUUAUCUGCACAGAGCGCCCCCUCAGUGUACCCACCCUACCAGGCUCUCCUCCUGGCCCCUGGGGGCCUCCCCGACCCCAGCCUCCACCCUGCCUCUGGGAGCCGACCCCGGCCCCUCAAGCAUCUCGGCCCCUCCAGUGAAAACCUGUGCUCUGCCUACACCAGCGAAGCUACGCUGUCCGUGCCCAGUCUCUGUGCCCCCACCCAAGGCUGUGUUACGUUCAGCUGUGGGUCGGAGAGAGUGACCAUCAAACCAGGUGGUGGCAGAAGGACCCGUUUUCUGAGUACGCCCUGCUUGGCUCUUUGGACCAGCAGCACCAACACAGUGAGUGGUCCAGGAGGCCAGGGUCCAGGAGACCAGGGUUCAGGGGGUCAGAACCAGGGCCAGCCUUCUCCCAACCCCCCUCAACAGGGCCGGAAAGGCACGUUCACCGACGACCUGCACAAGCUGGUUGACAACUGGGCCCGCGACGCCAUCAGUCUGUCCCAGGGCAAGAGUCGCUCCAAACAGCAACAGCAACCCUCACAGGGUCACAGCUACCAGGUGACCCCGUCCACCAACAAGGGCCGUAAGUUCUCCGCCCCGAGUCAGCUGUGCCCCAGCAACGCCUCUUCCACCCCCGCUACCUCUCUGGGAGGCCGCAAGGGCUCCUUGUGUCCCCCUCCCCAGUACGGCGGGGUCGGGGCAUGCUACCCCUCCUCCACUGCACCUUACAGCAGCGCCCAGUGGGUGGGAUCCACGGGGUCCACAGGGCCGGGACAGGGUCAGGCCGGUAUGUUAGCCUCCUCUCAGCCCCUGGUUGCCUCCUCCUCGCAGUACCCCUCCUCUGCCACUGGGGGGCAGGGCUCCCUGCAGGGCUUCCAUCACAUCAGCACUUUGCAGAAAUCCGUCAGCAACCCUGGAGGCCCCAACCUGAGGACCACGUAGUGGCCAUGAGGGGAUGUUAGCCAUGCCGGGCUGAGAGACUGACAGACUGAGGGAGAGAGACAUGAGGAGAGUAGGGUGUCUGUGUUACAAGGGGGAGAGUGGCUUGUGUGUUACAAGCGACAUCAUGGUUGGUGGGACUGUAUUGAAUGUGAAUGAGCUGGCUGUGACGAAGAGGAGGAGCAGGAGAGAGAAGAGUCAGCUGCUGUGUGAAAUGGUGCACCACUCUGCCCUCUUCUGUUUCCCUGAAGGAUAACAGGAGAGGGACACACUUCCUCUCCCCCCCCACCCCGAGGUCAACUGUGGGCCUUGGGGGUCGAAGAAAGACGCAAAACGCGACAAGGAAUACCAAUGGACACGAGUGCAAUGUUAUGUGGCCAAAGAGGGUUAAUGUGACAAUUACUAUUGUAAAAUGUGUGUGUGUGUGUGUGUGUGUGUGUGGUGAUGGGCUUUGUUCCUUCACUGUGACUGGCUUUUACAUGUACUCUAUAGUAGAGACCAGAGCCUUGUACUGAUCUCAGAGAGGAGGGAUGGAGCAUAGUAACAGACCAAGGGGGCGGUGGUGUACUUAUCGUUGGGGAGCUGCAGUACAUAGCU